GCUGCGCGGCGGACCAUGGGCGCGCUGCGGGCGCCCGGCCGCGACUCUAAGGAGCUUGGCCGGGGCAGCUAGUCUCCAGGGUGCUAAGAUGGCAAAGGAGAACUCUGGCUUCUCCACCAUCCCUGAGACUCCGGUGAGUGAGGCAAAGCCCCCGCUCUGCUCCCGCCCAUCCAAGGCCUCAACGCGGCUCCGCAGGGAGAACGAGCGGGAGAAGACUGAGAAGAAGAAAAGGCGCCAGCGGUACGUGGAGAAAGGCGGCAAGUGCAACGUGCAGCACGGCAACGUGCGGGAGACCUACCGCUACCUCACAGACAUCUUCACCACCCUGGUGGACCUCAAGUGGCGCUUCAGCCUGUUGGUCUUCACCCUGGCCUACGCCAUCACCUGGCUCUUCUUCGGCCUCAUCUGGUGGUUCAUUGCCUAUUGCCGUGGUGACCUGGACCACCUGGAGGACCACACCUGGACACCCUGUGUCAACAACCUCAAUGGGUUCGUCUCGGCCUUCCUCUUCUCCAUCGAGACAGAGACCACCAUUGGCUACGGUCACCGGGUCAUUACAGACAAGUGUCCUGAGGGCAUCAUCCUCCUGCUGCUGCAGGCCAUCCUGGGCUCCAUGGUCAACGCCUUCAUGGUGGGCUGCAUGUUCGUCAAGAUCUCCCAGCCCAACAAGCGGGCUGAGACCCUCGUCUUCUCCUCCCACGCCGUGGUCUCACUGCGUGACGACCGCCUGUGCCUCAUGUUCCGGGUCGGGGACCUGCGCAGCUCCCACAUUGUGGAGGCCUCCAUCCGGGCCAAGCUGAUCAAGUCCAAGCAGACCCAGGAGGGGGAGUUUAUCCCCCUCAACCAGACAGACAUCAACUUGGGCUUCGAGACAGGCGAUGACCGCCUCUUCCUGGUCUCGCCCCUCAUCAUCAGCCACGAGAUCAAUGAGCACAGCCCCUUCUGGGAGGUCUCCAAGGAGCAGCUGGCGAAGGACGAGUUUGAGAUUGUCGUCAUUUUGGAAGGGAUGGUGGAGGCCACAGGGAUGACCUGCCAAGCCCGGAGCUCCUACCUGAUGGACGAGGUGCUGUGGGGACAUCGCUUCAUGUCAGUGCUGAGCUUGGAGGAUGGCUUCUACGAGGUCGACUACAACAGCUUUCAUCAGACCUUUGAGGUGCCCACGCCCAGCUGCAGCGCCAAGGAACUGGCCGAGGCCACAGCCUGCAUGGACGCCCACCUGUACUGGUCCAUCCCCAGCCGGCUGGACGAGAAGGUGGAGGAAGGGACAGAGAAAGAAGCAGGGGAUAAGGAGAGGAAUGGUAGCCUGGCCAACCCGGAGAGUGAGUCCAAGGUGUGAUGGGAUGAUGCAGAGGUGGGGAGACAGAUCCAGCCAAGGACAAAGUGUUCGGGCGCAGAACGGAAGAUUGGGGGAUGGUAGAAGGAUGAGAGGAAGGAGACUCAUUGAAGCAACAGGUGUUUGGGAAAGAGGGCUGAACGGAAGAAGGAGUGAUAGCUGGCGAAGGAGGUAGAGAGAAGCGUGAAUGGGGAGACAAAUGGAUGGCAGAUGUACCCUGUUAUUUGGGUCUAUAAAACAGGGUAAAAUGAGUGGUGGUAGCAACUCUGCAGAUAUGGCGGAGUUGUGUGCAAGGGGUGAAUAUGCAGGUAAUAAAUCAGAUAUUUAUAAACAUAUGUCUAUUUUAUAGCUAUACAGAUAAAUGAAUGAGGCCCGCUCCACGAAGGAGCAGGAGGAGGGUUUUUAUAGCAGUGACAUCAAUUGUAUAGAAGCAUGGGAUGGCGUGUCAUUUUGGAGCAAAUGGGUGGGAUAGAAGGAUAGAGCAAAGAACAAGACAGAUGAGUGAAUGGGACAACAGAAGAGUAGCUGUCCUCAGCUGACAGGUGCUCGGUAUGAAGCGUCGGAAGAAUGGCCUUGCAGAAAGAUGACUAUGGAAGCAGAAGAGUGCGGAGCAGCUCGAUAAGUGUAUGGUGGAGCGAGGGACUGGGUGCACGGACUGUGGGGUGGAUGGACGGGGGCUAUGCACGAGUGUAUCUGCAUAGCUGGAGACAUAGAUGGAGAAUGUCAAAGAGUUGAAUACAUAGGUAGGUGAGCUGGAGAAUGACCCAUGAGGACAAGCUCGGUGGUCAACAUGGCUUUGUGAUGGGUAACUCAGCAGACUGAGGGAUUUAUGCAAAGAUUAAACUCAUGGAUGGGAGGGGUAGAUGGAUAAAAAGGACAUGAGGAAGAAUUGCAGCAAAGACCAGGACCGGCUACGGGCAGCAUGAUGUCGGGUGACCUGCAGAGCAUCCCCAGUGCCCUGCCCUCCCCUGCACUUACACACACUAGCACCCCCAAAGCUCCUGAGCUUGCUGUCUCUCUUGCUUUCUUUUAA